CUCCCCCGGACCCCGCCCCUUGUCCCGGUACGCGGCGGCGGCGGCGGCGGCGGCAUGGCCGUGUGGACCCGCGCUUGCAAAACGGGGCUGUUGGAGCUGCUGCUGCGGGAACGUUGGGUGCGGGUGGCGGCGGAGCUGAGCGGCGAAGCGCUGAGCCUGACGGCGGAACCGGGAAGCGGCGAAACGGCGGUGCUUAACGGCGUCCUUAACGGCAACGCGGAGGCGGCGCCCGGUUGCGUGCGGAGGGUGCGGGUGGUGAAGGCGGAGGCGGGAGGGCUCGGUAUCAGCAUCAAGGGAGGUCGGGAGAACCGUAUGCCCGUGCUCAUCUCGCGUAUCUUCCCGGGGCUGGCGGCGGAGCGGAGCGGGGCGCUCCGACUGGGCGACGCCAUCCUCGCCGUUAACGGCGUCGAUCUCCGGGAUGCCACCCACGAUCAAGCCGUCCAGGCGCUGAAGAGAGCCGGGAGGGAGGUCAUCCUCGAAGUGAAGUUCAUGCGGGAGGUGACCCCCUACAUCAAGAAGCCCUCGCUGGUGUCGGACCUGCCGUGGGAGGGGGCUGCCCCGCAGUCACCCAGCCUGAGCGGCAGCGAGGACUCGGGCUCCCCGCAGCACCAGGGAUCCCGCGACCGCAAGGUGAUCCCCCUGAAGAUGUGCUUCGCCGCCAGGAACCUCAGCAUGCCUGACCUGGAGAACAGUGCCGCGUCCCCUCGCAGGCUGAUCGAGCUGCACUCGCCGGACAGCAGGAACACCCUGAUCCUGCGCUGCAAGGACACAGCGACGGCGCACUCCUGGUUCACAGCCCUGCACGCCAACAUCACCGCCCUGCUCCCCCAGGUCCUGGCCGAGCUCAACGCCAUGCUGGGCACCGGCGGCGCCGCGGCCGGCGGCAGGGAGGUGAAGCACAUCGCCUGGCUGGCCGAGCAGGCGCGCCUGGACGGAGGGCGGCAGCAGUGGCGUCCGGUCCUCAUGGCGGUGACGGAGAAGGACCUGCUGCUGUACGACGGCAUGCCCUGGACCAGGGACGCCUGGGCCUCCCCCUGCCACAGCUACCCGCUGGUGGCUACCAGGCUGGUCCACUCGGGCUCGGGCCGCCGCUCACCCGCCCUGGGCUCGGAGCUCACCUUCGCCACCCGGACGGGCUCUCGCCAGGGUGUGGAGAUGCACGUCUUCCGCGUGGAGACCCACCGGGACCUCUCCUCCUGGACGCGUGUUCUCGUGCAGGGCUGCCACGCCGCCGCCGAGCUGAUCAAGGAGGUGUCUGUGGGCUGCACGCUGGGCGGGCAGGAGGUGCAGCUCUCCAUCCACUACGAGGGUGGCUUCACCAUCUGCCGGGAGGAGCCGGGCGGCAGCGUCCUCUUCCGCUACCCCUACGAGAAGCUGAAGAUGUCAGCGGACGACGGCAUCAGGACCCUCUACCUGGACUUCGGGGGCCCUGAGGGGGAGCUGGCGCUGGACCUGCACUCCUGCCCCAAGCCCAUCGUCUUCAUCCUGCACACCUUCCUCUCAGCCAAAGUCACCCGCAUGGGGCUGCUGGCGUAGGCGGCCCCUGCCUGCCUCCCACCAUCACAAACCAGCCGGGGAAAGUGGAGGGACCCCCCCACCCCUCUUGCCCCACCAGUGCCUUGCCGGGGCCGGGACUCGCUGCCCUGAGGGCCGCCGGGGAUAUGGCAGGGGGCUGCCCCGGGAGGAGGUGAGCCUCUCCUGCUCUACACCGGCAGUCCUGGCCCCCCUGGUGCUGGGGGUGGCCAGGGCACAGACACCAGCUUUAAUCCCCCCGGGCCUGAAGCCAUCGCUGAUCUCACCGCCUGUGCCUUGGAGCGGGGCAAGCCCCCCCCCAAAGCUUGGGGGACCCCUGGUGCUCCCUCCACCCACGUCUGGGGAGCCAGCACCCUCCCUGCCUUGGGGCUCCCCCGAGGGGGGUGACAUUGUCCCUGCAUCGGAUGGGGCUUGAGCCGCGAGACACCCCCCCAUUGCUGCAGCGCAGGGUCCCCUUGCCCCAUUAGGGUGGGACACACACACUUGUCUUACUGGGCCACGCACGGGUACAAAAGGGGCUGCCCCGAGCCCCGGGUGCUCGUUUGUCUCUGCGGCAUGCCCUGGGGUGCAGGCAGGGGCUCAGCCCCCCACAGCCCCUGCUGCUGCCCGCAGGGCCGGGGCAGGGCGCAGCAGCGAGCCCCCAAACCUCCCAAAGCCAGAAAACAAACAUUGAGUCUCUGCUGCCCUGGGCCAAGGGGCUGGGGUUGCCGGGGGAGCCCUCCGGGGCUGCUGCCCCCCGAGCUAUGCUGCCCCAUGGCUCCUCCCCAGCCCCUGCAGCCUGUGCCCCCUGCCCUGGAGCUGCUGUGCGGGUCUGGCCCCGCUGCCGGGGGGCUUGCAGGCCCCUGCGGGUUUGGGGCAGGACGCGGAGAUUGAUGCACUUUCGCUUUUUGUACUUUCCCUCCGUUUGGGAGGGGCAGCUCCUGCACCCCGGGGUGCUGGGGGGAGCCCCCACCCCGGGGCCUCCCCUCAGCCAAACUCCUCUGCACAUUUUUCUGCUUCCCAUGGGGUUGCGCUAGCCGGGGGCCAUGGGGUGUCGUGGGGGGCUGGUGGGUGCUGUGGGGCGCCGGACCCCCAGCCCCGGGCUGUGGCUCGCACACAAGCACUACAGGGCCCCGGCCCCGGGCGCCGCACGCCCCUUCUAUUUUUGUAUUCUUUGUAAAUCGCUAUUUAUAUCAGAUUGCCUUUU